GUUGAGUCGGCUGCUGGGUCUUGAGCGGGGAAAGGGAAUGAGGAGCUGGCUUCGACAAGGCAAGAAGUUUAGAUUGUUUCAUCCUCCUAGAGGCGUUUCAGAUGGCAGAGUGUACAGUAGCCAUGGAGGACAGUGAGCGUGAAGCCGACUCGGCGUCAGAUGAGCAGGACUCUAUGCCAGCGUCGCCUGAGCCCAGGGCGCAUGAAGUGGAAAAGCACUUCCCUAAGAAAGACUCGGAGGACUCGGAGCUGGAGCACAUCAUGGGACAUCACCCGCCCAGAGAGGGCCACCCGUUCGCCCACCACGGGCCCCAUAGGACCGAUAGUGAGGGCGAGCGUCACAGCAGACCCCACACCCCAGGAACACCCACCUUCCUGAGGCCCGCGGCGGCACCCAGGGGCCCUGGAGAGAUAGAGCACGAGUCCAGACACGGGGCUCCGCGGGGCCACUUUAGCCUGCCGUCUCCCAUCAGCCCAUCCAGGCCUAAGAGCCCCUGGGGCCGCUACGACCCCUAUGACUCUGCUGAGGACCAGGACAAGGAGUAUGUGGGAUUUGCGACUUUGCCAAAUCAGGUUCACCGCAAAUCUGUGAAGAAGGGCUUUGACUUCACUUUAAUGGUAGCAGGAGAGUCAGGUUUGGGAAAGUCCACCCUGGUCAACAGUCUGUUCCUGACAGAUCUCUACAAAGACAGAAAGCUGCUGAAUGCUGAAGAGAGGAUCACGCAGACGGUGGAGAUCACCAAACACACGGUGGACAUCGAGGAGAAGGGUGUCAAACUGAAGCUCACUAUCGUGGACACACCAGGAUUCGGGGACGCUGUCAAUAACACUGAAUGCUGGAAGUCGGUGGCAGACUACAUCGACCAGCAGUUUGAGCAGUACUUCAGAGACGAGAGCGGACUGAACCGCAAGAACAUCCAGGAUAACCGCGUGCACUGCUGCCUCUACUUCAUCUCACCCUUCGGUCACGGGUUACGGCCUCUGGAUGUGGAGUUUAUGAAGGCUCUUCAUGAGAAGGUCAACAUUGUUCCUGUACUAGCUAAAGCUGACACGCUCACCCCAGCGGAGGUCAAGAAGAAGAAAAUCAAGAUCCGAGAGGAGAUCGAGCAGUUCGGGAUAAAGAUCUACCAGUUUCCAGACUGUGAUUCAGACGAGGAUGAGGACUUCAAACAGCAAGACCAAGAGCUCAAGGACAGCAUUCCCUUCGCUGUGAUCGGCAGUAACACAGUAGUGGAAGCUAAAGGCAAGAGGGUUCGAGGACGGCUGUACCCCUGGGGAAUAGUAGAAGUGGAGAACCCAGCGCACUGUGACUUCGUGAAGCUGAGGAACAUGUUGGUCCGAUCACACAUGCAGGAUCUGAAGGACGUGACCCGGGAAACACACUACGAGAACUACAGAGCGCACUGCAUCCAGAGCAUGACCCGCAUGGUGGUGAAAGAGCGCAACCGCAACAAACUGACCAGGGAGAGCGGCACCGACUUCCCCAUUCCCAUGGUGCCCGGCGUCACCGACACCGAGACGGAGAAGCUGAUCCGCGAGAAAGACGAGGAGGUACGGCAUUCUCCCAGCCGAGAGCCACACGAGCAAACGCAGCAUCACGAGCAGCAUUCGGAGCCAGAGCCGCGAGUGGAUCCUCACUCAGAUCCCCCACCCAGCGCCGACCCUCACUCCAAAGGGUCCUAGCUGCGGCUCAUAGGGUUCAUAUAGUCCCUCAGAUCAACCCUCCACCCGCUGUCCAGAUCACUGUUAGAUGGGUCACUGGCGCCCCCUGUAGGUGCAUACGGCGCUAUCAGGCAGUAGAGUAGAGCACAUGCUGUGUGUGUAAGUGUGUAAUCUGUGUUUAUUAGAGUUUCCAAAGCCUGCACAUCUCUGGCAUGAUGCACUUUAACCCUGCAUCCCAGACUGGGUGAAUACGACUAAGAAAUCUCCAGCACACACAUAUAUGAUUUUAAUGACAAUUAAA